UCAUCUCCUCCUCACAAAGCUCAAAGCCUCCUUGCCUUCUGCAUCUCUCGUUCCUGAGCCAUGGAUCCUUGGCUCUACUAAUUAUCUUUCUUUGUUUGGAAAUUUUCCAAGGAAUUCCUGGUGUUUCUCUAUAUUUAUUCCGCCAUUGACGAAGAUUUCAGAAGAAGCGUGGAUGUUGUAAUGGAAGCGAAAGGCGGUAAGAAAAAGUCGAGCAGUAGUAGUAGUAGUAGCAAGAGUAGUAAAAGGCAACAAUACGAAGCUCCUCUUGGUUACAUUAUUGAAGACGUUCGUCCUCACGGUGGUAUUGAAAAGUUCCGAUCUGCUGCGUAUUCCAACUGCAUGAGGAAGCCAUCUUGAUACCUUUGUGCACCAAAAAAGGAGGUGUCUCUGUAGAUUACAACUUCCGAUUUCGAUUUUGCUUUAGUGAUCUUAAUUAGGGCCAAUUUCUUGUUCAAUCUGAGAACAGAAACGUUCCAAGUUUCUUUCGUUUGCUUUUGUUGAUUUUCCUGUUGUUGUGAGGUACUUCGAUUGUGUUCAACCAUGACUGUGUGCACCAAACUGACAGACGCAUCGGUGCAUCCGGCACCGGAACAACCUCCAUCUCCAAUCGGUUUCGAAGGCUUCGAAAAACGUCUAGAAAUUACAUUCUCCGAGCCGCCUAUCUUCCAGGAUCCUGAAGGACUCGGUCUCCGAGCCUUGACUCGAACUCAACUCGAUUUAAUCCUCGAACCUGCUUGCUGUACUAUCGUAUAUCGUCUCUCCAACUCCGAAUUUGAUUCUUACGUCCUCUCCGAAUCGAGCCUCUUCGUUUAUCCACGAACAAUCAUUCUCAAAACUUGCGGCACCACCAAGCUUCUCCUCUCCAUUCCGAUGAUUCUCCAACUCGCUGAUUCGCUCUCACUCGCCGCCGUCGCCGUGAAAUACUCCCGUGGAACCUUCAUCUUCCCCGACUAUCAACCUGCUCCUCACCGGAGCUUCUCCGAGGAAGUUACCGCACUGAAUGUCUACUUUGGUCAUUUCCACUCAGAGGCUUACGUGAUCGGCGAUCCGGCCGUUCCAAAUCGCAACUGGCAUAUCUACUCGGCCGUGAAAUCGCAUUCGUAUAUGAACCGUACUCGUACGGAUAUGGUUACUCUGGAGAUUUGUAUGACGGGCUUGAACAAAGAGAAGGCCGCGGUGUUUUGUAAAAAAUCUGGAGGCGACUCAUCGGCGGAUAAAAUGACGAAAAUGUCCGGAAUC